CGUGGCACUAUCUACCCGCCACAGCUGGUGUAUGAUCCCACAAUUCUUCACUUCACCAAGCGGGGCUUCCGGCUGUGACGUGUCUGCCUGCUGCAGAACCGGAUGCUGGAUGUCAGAGUGGACUGCGAAGAGGUGGAAGGUAACUGUGUGAAUCUCUAGUGAAGACUGGCCGGGGUGAACAUGGUGCUGUGGCUGCUUGGAGCUGCGCUGCUGGCUCGAGCGGCUGGCUUCUACCUCCCGGGCCUGGCGCCCGUCAGCUUCUGUGAGCCGGGGAAAGACCAAUUUCCAGAUUGCAAGUCGAUCAUUGAGCUGUUUGUGAACAGGCUGGAUUCAGUGGAGUCUGUUCUGCCCUAUGAAUAUACUGCGUUUGACUUCUGCUCUGAGAAAACAAUGAAACGUCCAUCAGAGAAUUUGGGCCAGGUUCUUUUUGGGGAGAGAAUCGAACCUUCACCAUACAAGUUUGAGUUUAAGAAACCUGCAGUGUGUCAGAAGGUGUGCACCAGAACCUACAACACCAACAACCCAUCAGACAAAGCCAAACUGGACUUCCUCAAGAAAGGCAUGUUACUCAACUACCAGCACCACUGGAUUGUGGAUAACAUGCCAGUCACCUGGUGCUAUGAUGUUGAAGAUGGACAGAAGUUCUGUAAUCCUGGUUUCCCUAUUGGCUGUUACGUCACAGAAGGAGGUCGGCCUAAAGAUGCCUGUGUGGUCAAUUCCAACUUUAAUGAAAAAGAUGCCUUUUACAUCUUUAACCAUGUGGACAUCACCAUCCAUUACCACAUUGUUGAGCAUGAGCAACUAGGAGCACGAUUGGUUGCUGCCAAGAUUGAACCCAAAAGUUAUGAAAACCCUAAUGACAGUCCUGAUUGUUCUGGAGGGCCAAAGUUCCUGAAAAGCAAACACACUGGAAUGUUUAAGAUCCCAUACACCUACUCUGUCAACUUUGUGGAAGACAAGAAUAUUCGCUGGGCAUCUAGAUGGGACUACAUCCUGGAGUCAAUGCCUCACACCAACAUCCAGUGGUUCAGCAUAAUGAACUCGUUGGUAAUUGUGUUGUUCCUGUCUGGGAUGGUAGCAAUGAUCAUGCUGAGGACUCUGCACAAAGACAUCGCCAGAUACAAUCAGAUGGACUCUGUGGAGGAUGCCCAGGAGGAGUUUGGAUGGAAGUUGGUCCACGGAGAUGUUUUCCGACCUCCCAGGAAGGGGAUGCUACUGUCGGUUUUCCUUGGCUCUGGAACUCAGAUCUUCAUUAUGACCUUUGUCACCCUUUUCUUUGCCUGUCUUGGGUUCCUCUCUCCGGCAAACCGUGGGGCUCUGAUGACAUGUGCUGUUGUUCUCUGGGUUCUUUUGGGAACCCCUGCUGGAUAUGUGGCUGCCCGCCUCUACAAAUCAUUUGGAGGAGAGAAGUGGAAGACCAAUGUUUUGCUGACAGCCUUCCUCUGUCCUGGGGUGGUGUUUGCAGAUUUCUUUGUAAUGAACCUGAUUCUGUGGGGUGAAGGGUCCUCAGCAGCCAUGCCCUUUGGGACCCUGGUAGCCAUAUUGGCUCUUUGGUUCUGUAUCUCAGUGCCACUUACCUUUAUAGGAGCAUACUUUGGCUUCAAGAAAGCAGGUAUUGAGCAUCCAGUACGGACCAAUCAGAUUCCUCGUCAAAUCCCAGAGCAGUCAUUCUACACAAAGCCUUUCCCUGGGAUCGUCAUGGGAGGAAUUCUGCCCUUUGGAUGUAUAUUCAUUCAGCUGUUCUUCAUAUUAAACUCCAUCUGGUCCCAUCAGAUGUACUACAUGUUUGGCUUCCUUUUCCUGGUCUUCAUCAUCCUGGUCAUCACCUGCUCAGAGGCCACCAUCCUGCUCUGCUACUUCCACUUGUGUGCUGAGGACUACCAUUGGCAGUGGCGCUCUUUCCUGACAAGCGGCUUCACUGCUGUCUAUUUCCUGGUCUACGCCAUUCAUUACUUCUUCUCUAAGCUGCAAAUCACUGGUCUGGCCAGCACCAUCCUGUACUUUGGAUACACCAUGAUCAUGGCUCUCAUCUUUUUCUUAUUCACUGGUACAAUCGGCUUCUUUGCCUGUUUCUGGUUUGUUACCAAGAUUUAUAGUGUGGUCAAAGUGGACUGAAGGAUCCAAAAACACAACAGACUAUUUCUGGCUGGAUGUUGCUUUGUCCCAUCAAACUUUGAAACAUUCAGCACUCAAACUGAACUUAUUCACCUCCUCGUUUGAUUUCUUCAGAGUUGACUCUGCCUCAGACAAAUGAUAGUUUGCUUUGUGUGCCUAAACUGUUUGUGUGUAAUUGUGUCUGAGCAUGUAUACACUGGGGUAUAAUUUUUUACAUACAGUAUCUAUCUGCAUAUAAUCUGAAUGAAAUGAAUCACACCUCUACAAGCCUCCUCUCCGUUUCUGACAUAGAAGUGAGCCACAACUGGACUGUCCAGUGGUUCUGUCAUGCAUUUUAGGUGCAUUUUAGUUUUUAUGGUCCCUGCACUUUGUUUGCAGAUGUAGUCAGACAAAUAAAAUUGUAGUGGUCUGCCUCUUAACAGCUAGUUACUACUAGUGGUGUUAAAAUUAAAUGUGCCCCUGGUACUAUUUUAAAUGAUAUUUUCAUGGUUUGUGUGCAACACAUCUUUGAAGGAAACUCUACUAAUCUGUAAUCUGUGUCAAAUUUUACAUUGUGUCCCAAAAUCUAUCUAUGUUCACAUUUCAACUGUCAAAAUGGGUCAGUACGCUUGUUCCAUUCCUGAGGCUCCUUCUAGUGUAGCCUACUUUCUUUAAAUUUGGUCACGAGUGCUUUGUAGUCCCGUGUCCUCAAAUGAUAGUGGAACAGUUUUAAUUUCUGUGAGCUGCUGGACUAUAACUGAUUGAUCCUCGACUAAGCAUUUGUGGAGAGGUGUAGGUUCAGCCACCCGGCCUUCAGUUCUAUGAAAACACUUUACAAAGGCUACAUCCCAGUUACAAUAUGACAGCUUCCAUUAUGCAGGUGUGUUUGGUCUGUGCUGUCAGCAAGAAAUGAUGCAAUGCUUUGUUACACAGCAGUGUGUGUUUGUUUGUCCAGACUUUGUAGGUUUCAGGUCAUUCCAAGCUUCAGACUCAUGGCAGCUGUAAUUCUUUAAGUCUGACCAAUUUCACCAGCAGGUAGCAGUUAGAUACCCAUUUAACUUUUGUUAUGGGCAGUAAACAUCAGUAUCAUGUUUGCUUAGCUUUUUACAAAGACUGCAAAAAUACACACACUAACUCAUUUCACCUGUUUCGCUCAUCAGAUAGAAAUUAAGAAACUGUAGAAUUGAUAGAAUUUAUUAAACAAGUCUCUGGAGCCAAGCAGCCUCCCUGUUCUGUAACAUUUCUCUGAGGUCACAUUUUCAAAACUCCACAGAGUUCUCUUCAACCUUCAUCUUAACAGAUAAUCUCAUCGGCGAUGCUCUAAUGCAACAACACACAGCUCAGGGUUGACUGGUACCAGAACACUGAUCUAAAACAUACUAACAUUAUGUGUCACUGUUGUUUUAAGUAGUUUUUAUUUAUUUGUGAAUUUGGUAUAAACCAAGAUUCCAUUGCAACAAAAAUAAGUGGCACUGGUUGAUUGCAUGGACAGUGUAUGUGUAACAGAAAUGAAUCAAAAAUGCUGCAACAUGCUUCAGUUGGCUUUAUUUUAUUAAACUGAAGCCUUUUCAGUAACAUAAUACAAAACCAAUGUAUAUUCAUUUUAGGAGAAAGAUGUAGAUGUAAAGUAGUACUAGUGAACACAACUUUUCAAACAUUUCAUCUAGAUUACACCUUAACUCCUUGUCCUCUCCUGCCCCCUCGGGCAUGCUGGAGCUGAUCUUUCAUAGAGGUUGCCCAUGAAUGGAAUGUAUUUUUAAUUUUUAGAUGUAGCAGAAUUUUGUCUUUUAUUUUCAGUAUUUACAGGACUUUUGUGUUAAUUUUUGAUCAUUUUUCAAAUAGCAUGUAAACAGAGUUUGGAUGGUGGCAGUUUGAGAAAACAGUUCAUGAAAUUUGAAAAAUGUUGAUUGAAUUGAGGGCAUGUUCUGUUUAACGUCCAUAUGUUGUUUGAUUAUAAAGCAGGUCUAGGUUCUAUAUUAAUACUGUGAAAGUAUCAAAGUGCGCA